CGAUGUUGGUGCAACACAACCUUCUGCGACUGUUCAAGCCGUCAGCUGGUCACAGUACCCAAUGACCUUUCAACUCUAAUCACGGUACUGACGCUCCGAAAUAACUCAUUGACCAAUCUUCCGAACUGCAGUUUCUGUCGAUACUCGCUGCUCAAGUAUUUAGAUUUAUCCAGCAAUAAGCUGAAGCGGCUUGAAGUGAGAUCGUUUGAGAAUCUUUCCAAACUUGAGACCCUGACACUUAAGAACAACAGCCUGAUCAUGAAGAAAGGAACUUUUCCCAGGGGCGUGUUCAAAAAUUUGACGUCUCUGAAAACUCUGCGGAUAAACAGAAACACGGCAGUGACUUUCGAUGACCGAGGAUACGAAUAUCCCGACGACGUCCUGUCCGAGCUCACAAGCCUGCGUGAGCUAUCCAUGGAUGGCCUGCCGCAUCCAAAAUUCGGCCCCGGAUUCAAGAGUAUGUCAGCGUUGCGAAACCUAAGUCUGAACGGCUACCACUACGGGCAAGGGUAUUGCACGGUGUUAGGCUUGACCAACGAAACCUUUGAGAAUUUGAGCCAGCUGACCGUCCUGGACCUGAGCACGUGCAAGAUCAACGGCGAUCACGUGGAGACUGGCGCGUUCUUACCCAUGAAGAACCUUACCAACCUCGACGUUAGCUACAACUUUAACUUCCGGUUCGACAAUUUCGAACGCGUGAUAUCAGUGCUGCGCGAUUCGAAAAUUGUCCGACUGAAACUGAACACCAUCGUAUCCUUUUACUCUCAGGCGAUCACGGUCAACCGAUCGAUCAUAGAGAGUCUGCCGAAAUCCCUCGAGUACCUCGAGGCUAAAGGGAACAGUUUCGAAAUGAUCGACGACGGGCUCCUCCAGCUGGCCCCGGAGAACCUGAGCCACGUCGAUCUAGGAAACAACCGUCUCAUUUACGGCCUCUAUUUGCAGGAUUUAAAGCACCUGAAGAACAUGAAGAGGUUGAAUCUUCGAGGAGGACAAAAUCUGCAGAAACUGCCGACCUACGAAAUCACAUCGGCUCAAAAAUUUCAACAUCGUUUCAGUCGGUCGCUUCCUUUAACACAUAUUAAUUCCGGGAAUGCACCGUUGGUUAUAAAACUCCCGGCAAAGUUGAAGAUUUUGGAUAUGAGCGUCGCAGGUUUGAGGUACAUCCUUUCAACUUUUGACGUUGACUCAAAUAACGCGCUGACGUCUUUAACCCUGAACCAUAACUUCUUUCCGUGCUUGCUGGGGCCGGUUUCUGGACUUGAGAAACUAGAAAAUCUGGAUUUGAGCUUCACCUCGGCAUCAACGAUUAACCCAAAAUUUUUCAAAAACUUCAAAGGUCUCAAACAUCUCAUGCUGAGCAACAAUGCUCUGGGAUCGUUCUUUUCAAGUUUGAAUCCGACGUCACGGAUAUUUCGUGACCUGAACAGCCUCGUGGCCCUUGACCUCUCAAACAAUGGCAUCGAGUCGUUGCCGGGGUACCUCCUGACCGGUCUGGAUAACCUUGAGUCCUUGAACUUGGGCAACAAUCCGAUGUUGUACUUCAACCUCAGCAUCAGUAACAUGACGAGCAUGGUCUUGCUGAACCUCAGCCACGCCCAGCUGAGCCAGCUGCCGGACCACGUCGUCCUGCACAUCAAGGCUUUGGUCGACAGGAAUGUUACCAUUAAAGUUGACCUGUCCGGCAACCCCAUUAAAUGCGACUGCCUCAAUUUGAACUUCAUCCAAUGGAUUGUCAGCUCACCGGCUUUCGACCCAACGUUCACCGGAUACAUGUGUCAGUAUCCUGAUUCCUCAUACAAGACCAUCACCGACUCCUAUGAGGAAACGCUCCGCAUUUUGCAGAAGAGUUGCGCGAUAAAUUUCCCCAUCUUUGUCGCCGCAAUAUCUGGGACUUUCUCCAUGCUUUGCACCGUACUCGGGGCAAUUAUUUACAGGUAG